GAUUGUGCUUCCUCCUCCAAAAGUCAAAACGAAAGAUGCUUUUUGUUGUGACAUUCGGGUGCAAAUUGUAUUUCAAAAAUUGCAGUGCCUCGUUUGUUAAGCCUCAUUUUCACACAAGCUUACGUCAUGUGCACCAACUGCGAUGACAGCUCUAGGCAUCAGCGCCUCAAUUGGAGUUGCCCAUGAAACUCAACUCUCACCAUUUAUCCCCUCCUUCUCCAGCUCCUGGCACAAUCUCAACUUCUCAACUUCUUCUUCCUCUUUUUCACAAUGUCGGAACAUGGCGAAAUCCCCAAAUUUACCGUCGAUCUAUCUCUCCCUCCCGAGACCCGCUACGACCAUAUCGUUCCGCACUUCAAGACCGCCGUCGACUCAUGCGAUUUACCCUCCCUGUUCUACGCCCUCCUCGAUGAGCUCGUCGGAAAAUCCGCAGGGAGAAUAUUGGCUGCGAUCUCGCCGCUGCUCAUGCGACGCGUUCAUUCAGAUGAGGAAAAUGCAGAAUUGAUCGGCAUCUCGAGAGCGAUCGGCAUUCCCAUGCACAUCCUCGUUGCUUUCAAUGUUCUCUUGGAUCUUUUGCUGGGAUGCACGAGCGGUGGAGUCAGAACUCUUGAUCCAGAUUCUGGUGGGAACGCGACGCGGAUACUUCAUUUUCGGACUCUUGACUGGGCGAUGCAUCCAUUGAGAAACAUCAUUGUCGAACUCGAUUUUGUGCGUACGCCUGGCGGCCCGGCCAUUGCGACGACGGUCGGGUAUCUUGGGUAUAUUGGGGUUUUGACAGGAGUGCGAAAAGGCAUGAGUUUGAGUUUGAACUUCAGACCGCAUCAUGCCAGGGAUACUCUUCGACAACGGGUGUCUUACAGAUACAACCAGGCAAUGGUUGUUCUUGGGCAGCGGCAGUCCAUCUCGAGCAGUCUGAGAGAGAUUCUACUAGGCGACUCUACGAUGCCGGAGAAACAGUCCAAUGAAGCGCACGAGACGAACGAUAUUAGCGACGAUUUGCAGAACCGAUAUGUACAACAAGUCCUCACAAAACUCUCAACGUCCAAUUCAACCGCCGCAUAUCUCAUCCUCUGCCAGCCAGACCGCGUCUUAAUCAUCGAGAAAGACAAUCACAGCGCAUCAAUCCGCGAAUCCGACACAUUCCUAACCGCCUACAACCACGACGUCAAAGACGAAGACAACCCCGAGCUUCUCCAACAAGCGGCAGCAGAACUCGCAGCCGGCGAAGAUGCAACGGGCAUGGCAGACGUGGUGGCCUAUUCACUUGAACGAAAGCACGAUUUGGAUAAGCUAUGGAAGAAAUGUGUUCGGAAUUGUAGAAGACGGUACAAACUGCGGAAUGAUGUUGUGACGAGGGAGGAUGUGGUGAAGUUUUUGCAGAAUGAUAUGAUUAGGAAUGAGGAGACGCAUUACGCUGUCAUCAUGGAUCCGAAGGAGGGGAAGGUCAUGUGGCGGAGUGCGUAUGAGUAUGUCAGUGAGGGUGAAGACGGGAGUUCGGAGGAGACUUGAUGCUUUGAAGGUGCAUUGGUGCUGCUGAUUACUAUGGGAGGUCAGGUGUACCCAGUAUGAGCAACGCGCCAAGGAAAGGCAAUCUGAAAUGGUACCGUUUGACAAUGAGUUUACCCUGCAGGUGCUAGUUAGUUGGGCUUCUAGACAUAUUGUGAUCAAGAAUUAUGGCCAAAAGAAAUCUCAACGACAAUGUCACAGAUGUCUUGAUG